AUGGCUGUCAUGAGAGAUCAUCCGUUGGACGUGGGUGCCGACAUAUUCUCAAUUCUGGCCCUUGAGCAUGGGCAUGUGCUCCUGUGGGAACCCGUCAUCUUCGCCGGACUCGCUGGUGUCCUAACUCCUAACCAGGCUGAGACGCCCACAAGGCUGUGUUUCAAGUUCCAACUCUCGUGCAUGAUGUUGGGGAAGGGAGCACUUGCCGAGGAAGAGACUCCAUCCAGAGUUAUGACGCUUGGAGUGAAAUUUAACACCCAUACCAAGCGAUUGUUGGCCUUCCAUCAGAUCAGUGUGGGAAGUCGUGGAAGAUGCCGUUUCGCCCUCACCGAACACAACAAAGAACCCCCUGUCCAGGAUGCAAACAAUGCAACAUGGUGGGAUCGGCCACGCCACAGGGACAACUUCGGUAAGACACUCGACUUACUAUCUACACCUCAAACACCCGAUCGACAAGGCGUCUUCCCUUAUCUUAUCGCUGUGAAUGUUGAGGCAGACCUUUUUGAAAAGAAGAACUUGCCCUCUAUGGCGAAUGAAAAAACAUAUUUUGGUGUUUUUGACCUUUGA